AUGGAACCAACGUCAAUCAAUCCACGCCGCUGCGCCUUUUUCGAACUUCUUCAUGAGGAUGCUCGAAAUAUCAUUUACGAAUUCCUGGAUCUUCCACCCAUAUCAUUCGAAAAUGUCGGCCUAAUUCUGUCCUGUAGGACGGCGAAGAAGGAGGUAGAAGCAGCUUCGAUCAGGAAUUUAAGAGAAUGGGUCAAGGCCGGGGAGAAGGUAUUCCUUUGGAUUACUGGCUUCAAGGCGAGCAUCCUGACCUGCAAGAAUCCCCAAGAACGCUUCGGUAGUUCAUUAAGGAGCGUUGUUAUCACCGUGCCUCCGAACUUGUUAGAUGAAAGUAGAGAGUGGGAGGACGCUCGCGACUUGUUCCAAUUCGAAGUCGUCUACCGGUUGCUUAGCUUCCGGUUCGAGGAGGUUAUAUUCCAUCUACUGACAGAUGCAGAAAGGGAAGCCACCAGCCUUAUGAACGAUAUCCAGGGCCGCAUUCGCGAAGCGGUCGACCGGGGACGAACGUGGAGAAAGUACGGACCCGGCUGGGGCUAUGAUGCUUUGGCUCCUAUCCAUACCAAACGGAUCACGGUGAGCUGGGGCAGCUUCGAUAAAAUCGACGGGGAUGGCUCGCGAACGAACAGGUACCAAUACCCCGAACAUGAAAAGAAGCGGAUGUGUGCUGUGAAUGGAGUCCAGCGGGACUCCUAUCCGUGGCCGACGGCGGAGAACACUUGGCGGGAGGACAGAACAGCUGGGAGACUCUCGAUUGUUUCGGAGACGCGAUGGAAGCUGCUCAAAGGUGAGAACGUGGGCUUGUUGUCUGUGGAGAGGUUUCGAAGGCGCUAG